AUGUCGUCCUCGUCGGACAUUGCCCAAUUCACGUCCGUCUUCCGCGCCCAGUCUCUAUCCGACGGCCAGCGCAGGGUGACCAGGCGCAACCGCCAACCCGUCUCGUGCCUCCCCUGCCGCGCGCGGAAGCUCCGAUGCGAUCGCGCCCUCCCGUGCGGUGCGUGCGCUAGGCGCGGGAGCGAGGAGGGGUGUAAGUUUGGGGCUGCUGCUGCCUCUGCCUCGACUACGCUAGGCGAUGCUGGUGUACUUGCUGCUUCUGGAAAUAUUGCUGUUUCUGGGGGAAACAUUGGAAAUGCUCUGAGCUCGCACACCCGAGGUAACGGAAUUCGAGCUGCUGCCACUUCAGACGGAGCUCCUCGUCGUCGUGGCGGGAGUGGGACCGGACAGCAGCCGCGUCCGGAAGUCCACUUCCGCCUCCGGAAGCUGGAGGACAUGGUCCAGGAUCUCGUCAGGAGGGGCAUGACUGCAUCCAAAGACCGGGAUCGGAACGCUGCCGCGCCGGUGCCGGUAUCGGGACCCACUGUCUCCACCGGGGUCGGUAAUACCGUGCCGACGCCGCCGACAGACUCGGAACCCCGGAGUGAAAGCAGCAACGGUAGUGGCGACUCACCCGCCCCGAUCCCAAUCGACGGAGACGACGCCUACUACGGCGCAACGCACUGGACGGCCCUCCUCCACCACAUCCGCGAGAUCAAAACGGCCCUCGAGCCGGACCUGACCAUCGCCCCCGAACCACCCGAAGGCGGGGCCUGCUCCAUCGGCCCAGACUUCCUCUUCGGCGCCGUCGCCCCCGUCUCCCUGCCAGAAGUGCUGUACAGCCUCCCACCGCGGCAGGACCUUGACAAACUGCUAAGCGUGUACUUCAACGCCCGGUUCAUCGCUGUGCCCUUUAUCCACGUCGGCCGCUUCCAGCGCGAGUACGACGCCUUCUGGGCCGACCCUGAGACUACGAGCUGGCUCUGGAUCAGCAUCCUCUUCUCCAUCGUAUCCAACGCCACCGUCAUCGUCCGCGGCAAGGGCAACGCGGAAGCGCUGGGCCUCGGCCGCGGGAAGCUCAAGGAGGCGUCGGCGUAUUCGGGCCGCGCGGUGCAAUGCCUCAUUAAGGGGAACUACCUCGCGGCAAAGCCGUACGCCGUCGAGGCCACGCUCCUCGUUGCCUACUCCCGCGUCCUCGGCAGCAGGGACAUGGACCCGAUCCUCUGGAACAUGUUUGGCGUCGCGACGAGGCUGGCGCAGCGGCGGGGGUACCACCUCGAGCCGACGCACCUCUCGAACCGGUCGAUAUCCCCUUUUGAUGCCGAGAUGCGCCGCCGCGCGUGGUUCUACUGCGAGGCUUUUGACCUCCUUCUCUCUUUCCAGCUCGGCGUGCCGGCCAUUGUCCACGACGGCGACAACGACGCCCGCGGGCCCGAGAAUCACCCGGACGAGGACUUUGACGAGGACACGGAGACCAUGCCACCGCCGCGGCCGCCCAUCGAGGCGACCCCUUCGCUCUACUAUUGCUGGAAGGCCAAGCUCUGCCGCAUCCUGAGGAGGGUCAUCCGCCACGCGCUGUCUCCCGCGCAGCCGGCCUACGCCGAGACCGCCGCGCUCAACGACACCUUGCACGCCUGGCACGCUUCGCUCCCGCCGGUGCUACGCAUAAGGCCGAUUCGGUCGACAGGCUUCGCGGAGCAGAACUACACCAUUAUGCAGCGACUGAUGCUCGAGCUCAUGUACAGUAAAGCGCUAUGCGUUCUGCACCGGGCCUACCUGAGCAGGGAUAAGGGGUACGACGACCCGCGGUUCGCGUCGUCGCGGGAGAUUUGCCGGGCUGCGGCGCUGCGGGUCUUGGAUUUGCAUGCCGAGUUUGAUCGGGAGGCGAGUCCCGGCGGGAGGUUGUUUGAGGAUCGGUAUAUGCUGAGUAGCCUGACGCUACACGAUUUCAUGAUUGCUGCCAUGGUUGUUUGUUUGGAUUUGAACGAGAGCACGGAUACGAGUGACGAGGACUACGAGCGAAAGAUGGACGCCCUCAGGACGGCAAGCGAGAUUUGGGCAAGCCGUUCGGACUACUCCAAGGACGCGAGGCACGCGACCGCGGUCCUGAGGGCCAUGGUCCAGCGGCUGUCGCGUCAGAGGAAGUGCGUGGCUCAACAGCGGACCGAUUUUGCGAUGAUGACGACGCCAGCGAUAGCUUCCACCACAGGCGGUAGCGUCAACAGCACGUACGGAGACCCGACCCUAUUCAGCGAGUCGUCGAGUCUGCACGUUGGGUUUGGAGAUGUCGCUGGCAGUCUUGGUCAGGGGCAGGGUCCAAGUGAUGGGGCGUAUCAGGUUGACGAAUUUGAUUUCAUGGCGUUGGACAAUGCGUUGAACGAUCCUGCCAGCGUGGACUGGAGCCUGCUGGACCAGUACUUGAUGCUGGAUCGGACUGGGCAGUUGGCGAUGGACGUUUCUCUUGAAUAG